CAUCCUCGCGCUUGGGAGGUGAUCCAGGAUUUCAGAAGAGGAGAGGACGGGGAGACAUCACCCACACAGCGCGACAACCAUGCAGCUACUCCGGGUCCCUUUUUUGCUUUUUUGGCUGGUCUGGGGCCAGACCUGCGCUCUCGGCGGAAAAGUCAACAAGCACAAGCCGUGGAUAGAGACAUCUUACCAUGGUGUGAUAACUGAGAACAUGGACACGGUGCUGCUGGACCCUCCACUGGUAGCUCUAGACAAGGAUGCCCCGGUCCCCUAUGCUGGGGAGAUUUGUGCCUUUAAGAUCUAUGGUCAGGAUGCUCCAUUCGAGGCAGUGGUGUUGAAUCGCACAUCAGGGGAAGGAGUCCUGAGGGCCAGUAGCCCUGUGGACUGUGAGAGCCAGAAGGAGUACACAUUUAUAAUCCAGGCCUACGACUGUGGUUCUGAACCCAGCGGGGCCGACUGGAAGAAAUCCCACAAGGCAGUGGUUCACAUCCAGGUGGACGAUGUCAAUGAGUUCUGCCCUGUGUUUCGGGAGCCACUGUACAAGGCAUCGGUAACAGAAGGCAAGAUCUACGACAGCAUUUUGCAGGUGGAAGCUUGGGACCAAGACUGUUCACCCCAGUACAGCCAGAUCUGCAACUAUGAAAUUGUCACUGGAGGGACGCCAUUUGCCAUAGACCGCAAUGGUAACAUCAGAAACACAGAGCGGCUGAGCUAUGACAAGCAUCAGAGCUACAAGAUUAUGGUGACAGCCUUUGACUGUGGUCAGAAGAGAGCAAAGGAGGAUGUGGCUGUGCAUAUUGAUGUCAAGCCUGUCUGCAAACCUGGAUGGCAAGGUUGGAACAAGCGGGUGGACUAUGAGCCAGGGACUGGAAGCAAGCAGCUGUUUCCCAAGAUGCACUUGGAAACGUGUGGAGGUCCCCUGUCUGGCGUGAAGGCGAUGGUAGAGCUGCAGACCAAUCACAUCGGGAAGGGCUGCGACCGCGAAACGUACUCUGAGAAGUCUCUGCAAAAACUCUGUGGCGCAGCAUCAGGCAGCACCGACCUCCUUCCUGCCCCCAGCCCUUCCACAAACUGGACGGCGUCUCUGCUGACUGACAGUGGCCGAGACAGCGACCUCAUCUACAGAUUCGACGGGCAUCAGGCUGCAAAUGUUCCAGACCACGUGGUGCCCCAAAACCUGACAGACCAGUUCACCGUGGCAACAUGGAUGAAACACGGGCCCAGUCUGGGGCUCAGAGUCGAGAAGGAAACCUUACUGUGUAACUCUGACAAGACUGAAAUGAACCGCCACCAUUACUCUCUGUAUGUUCACAACUGCCGCCUGGUGUUCCUGCUCAGAAGAGAUUUCACUCAGGUUGACACAUUCAGACCCGCUGAGUUCCACUGGAAACUGGAGCAGAUCUGUGACAAAGAAUGGCACUAUUAUGUGAUCAACGUGGAAUUUCCUGCAGUGACACUAUUUGUUGAUGGUGUGACCUAUGAACCCUACCUGGUGACGGAUGACUGGCCGAUUCACACCUCAAAGAUUGAUACACAGCUUACUGUGGGCGCCUGCUGGCAAGGUGGUGAGGUCGCAACCCCGAGGUUCACCCAGUAUUUCCAUGGCAGCCUGUCAGGUCUGACAAUCCGACCAGGCCGCAUUGAAACCCAGAAAGUUAUCUCCUGUUUGCAGGCCUGCAAAGAAGGCCUGGAUAUUAACUCCCUUGAAAGCCUCGCUAAGGAUAUCAAGUUCCAUUUUAACCCCGCUCAGUCUGUGCUGGUGGUGGAAGGAGAGGAUCUGGACAGCAUCAACACAGCCAUGACCAAAGUCUCAUACAUUAACUCUCGCCAGUUCCCUACGCCAGGCCUCCGGCGGCUACACAUCACCACCACAGUACAGUGUUUCGGGGAGGACACGUGUCUCUCCAUCCCAGACAUCAAGGCAGUAGUUAUGGUCCUGCCGCCCAGUGAACCAAGAAUCACCAUUACAGGAUCUAAUCGACUCGUCAGGCCUGCCAGUGACCUGAAGGGCCCGCUGGGUGUGGCGCCCUUCAAAGAGCUUCACAUCACCAGCACAGUAAUGAAGGGGGACAGCUUCGGUGGAUUCCACAGACCAGGUGUGCUGGAGGUGAUGCAUAACCUGGACUAUUGUGAUGUGCUGGUAAUUGGCGAAGAACUGAAUCCUGAGAGGGAGAGUCUGGAGAUUCAUCACAGUGCUUUGUUGGGAAAACACCUAGAUGCCACCAACUCCACCUCUGGAAUAUCAAUAUAUGGUGUGGACUCCAUGGCCCACUAUGAGCAGGCGCUGAGACAGGUGCACUACAGGAACUGGCGACCUGCCACCCUGAGUGAGAGAAGGUUCAGACUCACCUGCUCUGAACUCAACGGACGUUACACCAGCAAUGAGUUCAGUUUGGAGGUCAGUGUUCUUCACCACUCAGCACCUGUGGAACAUGUCAAUCAUAUGGCUGCCCAGCCCCAGUACAUGAGACCCAUCCAUCACCCACUCAUGAUACACACUCUCAACUCACACAUGUCAGGAGCAGCACCUCCUGCAGCAACAGUAGUUAUUGUGGUUUGUAUCGCAGCCCUGGUGGUGAUUGUGGUGAUCGGCGUGUACAGGAUCCAUGCCACACAUCAGGAAGGGUCCAGGGAAGAUGAGGAAGGGGUCAAAGACCCGGAGGAAGACUGGGACAACUCUGCACUCACCAUCACUGUCAACCCCAUGGAGAACAUACAAGGAGCUCAGGCACUCGAUGGAGAGGUAAAAGAAGACGAACGUGAGGAGGAGGAAGAGGAUGAAGAACAGGUGGGAGGAAUGACAAGUGCUGAGUCAGACAACAGUGAUGAAGAUGAAGAGGAGGAGGAAGAAGAUGAGAGAGAAGAGGUGAAAGAGAGAAAGCAGAAGGGAAAACUAGAGUGGGACAGUUCCUCCAUAACAUACUGACUCAACAUAUUAACAUAGACAAAGAGUAUCAACACUCUUUACAUCUCUUUCUCUCUCGCUGUCUCUCUCUACCACGCGCACACGUCAUCCUUCAUGUUCACUACACCAACAUAUAGUACCCACACAGAAACAAAAUCUCUGAUAGAACAAUCUGUUGCUGGAAAAAAAAAACACUUUGAAUCUUCCCACGUUGUCAUUUUUAAUGAAAUAUCUCUCUCUGUUGGUCAAAGUUAGAACUACAGAGUCAGCUGCGGUCCCACAGUGCUAUGAAACAUUGUAUGUACAUUAUUAUUCAUAUCACAGUCAGUGAAGCAAAAUAUAAGAUGAAUAUCAAACAAGCACAGUCCUCUCAUUAUAUGUGCAGAAUUAGCUGGAGUUUAGCUGAGAAAAUUUAAUCCAAACUCUGCAACAAACAUGAGUCAUAUCUUAAAUAUAGCGACACCAAUUCACACAAAGAUAAUGUGGGCUUUUAUCCCAACAUUUUAUAUUUGCAAUUAUGUGUGUCCUCAGAUUACUUUUGAACAGAUUGUCUGCAAGAUGAUGGUUAUUAACAUAUUUAGCAGUGAGAUGUAUCCAUACACAUAUCCAUAAGUUAAUGUAUCCAUAACAAUUCCUUUGGCCUAUAUAGUAGGUAUAACAUAGCUGUACUGUCACUCUGUGUAUAUCCUCUGUUCUCAUCUUUAACUCAAACCAGACACUUUUCUGUCCUUCAAGUAUGUUUGAUCAGUCACAGUUUUCUCUAAUUUCAUCACAGUGCUGUGGCUCUGUUGCCUGGACACUAAAAAGAAUCCUGCAUAAGUUGUCUCUUGAAAUAAACAUACCACAUUUGUCCUGAUUGAUAUACAAAGCAGAAUUAUGAAGUGUUUAAUAUCUUCCACCUUUGGUUUCUCAAAAGUAUUUUAAAGUUAAAAUGAGCACUACUUCAUCAGCUAAUGAGCUUAUGGAAAGAGUUGACUAAAAUACUCUUAGAAACAAAAGAUCUGGUGGCUUUUUGAAGCCUGUUUGUUUGUUUGCAUCCGUCUGUGUACCAAAUAUAUCCAUACUGUGGCCUAUUGUAGCCUCUGCUCUUUAGGGUUUGAUCUUUCUUUUUUCAGCAGAUGAAAUAAUACAGAGGUAUUACUGAA